GAUGGCAGCCCCCAUGUUAGAGGUUAUGCCGGUACUGUGUCGUCCUUAGACGUCAUUUGAUUGAAGACAUAUUGUCAUACACGAAGUGACGAUGUAUUCAGCAAGUGUGCAGUUCUUACAUCGUUCCUUGUUCAGCAGUUAUACAACAUGCUCAUUCGUUAGGAGGUUCACCCAAAGUAGUCAAUAUGGAAGACAAUUUUUUCAGUGCCAAGGAAAUUACACAAAACAAUUGGGUGUUAAAAAUGUCAAACUGCACAACAGAUCAGGGUCACAUAGACUCUUGUUUCAAGGAUCCUCACCGAAGUCACCAGGAACAAUUUCCAUUGGACGAAGAACUUUUUCUAUGAAUAUAAGCACUCGGUUAACAAGGAAGCUGUUUAAUAUUAGUGAAAGACAUGUGAAUUGUGUGUUAGGACUAGCCACACUUGGGGGCUAUGUGACUUGGACUGUUUUAAAGGGUACCAAGGCUCACUGUAAAGCCAAAAAUCAGAAAUCACGACUGGUCGGGUCCAGGAAUGUUGACACGUCCAUUGAACAGCCAGGAUUUGAUUGGAAGGCGUUUUUCAAGUUACUACGACCAGAUCUGUUAUAUCUCAUUUCAGCUGUAGUGUGCGCUGUUGCUGCUGCCGUUGUUAACAUCCAGAUUCCCUUGGUGCUGGGAGAGAUUGUCAACAUACUGUCCUCCUUCACACGGGAUGCUGCCAGGGACUUCAUACAGGAAGUUCGCCAGCCAGCCAUGAAAAUGAUUGUGUACUAUGCUUUGCAGAGUGUCCUGACCUGUACCUACCUGUCCUUGCUGGCCACGGUGGGAGAGAACGUGGCAGCUAGAAUGAGAACACGCCUCUUUGAUUCCCUCCUCCGACAGGACAUAGAGUUUUUUGACAAACACAAAACUGGAGAGCUGGUUGACAGGUUAACAUCAGAUAUUCAAGACUUCAAAAGUUCCUUUAAGCUGUGUAUAUCUCAGGGUCUGAAAGCCAGCACUCAGGCUGUAGGGUGUGUGGGCUCCAUGUUCGUUAUUUCACCAAAAUUAACAGUUGCCAUGGUAACUAUCCUGCCAGCUAUUGUAGGUGUGGGCACAGUGAUGGGAUCAGGCCUGAGGUCAUUGUCAAGGUCAGCCCAAGAACAGUUGUCCAAGUCAACAGCGUUGGCAGAUGAGGCCAUUGGUAAUGUAAGGACAGUGCGUGCCUUUGCUAUGGAGGACAAGGAAAAUGAGUUGUACUCAAGAGAAGUUGAGAUGGCAAGACGAAUCAAUAUAAAACUUGGACUUGGUAUAGGGUCAUUCCAGGGACUUGCUAACUUUGCAUUGAAUGGUAUUGUCCUGGGAACCUUAUUUACUGGUGGAUGGCUCAUGUCCAAACAAGAAAUCACUGCUGGUAACCUUAUGUCAUUCCUGGUGGCCUCACAAACCAUAGAAAGGUCCCUUGCACAGAUGUCGCUGCUGUUCGGCAAUGUCGUACGAGGCAUGAGUGCGGGGGCCAGAGUAUUUGAGUUUAUCAACUCAGUUCCAUCCAUUCCAUUGAAAGGAGGGAAGAAGAUUGCUUUCCACAGUCUCAUGGGAAAUGUAGAAUUUGAAAAUGUCAGCUUCGCCUAUCCUACCAGGAGUGAACAAACGGUCCUGAAUGAUUUCAGUCUGAAGAUCCGGUCUGGAGCAGUAGUGGCCCUUGUUGGGCUCUCUGGAGGAGGCAAGUCCACAGUGGCGGUGUUGUUAGAGCGUUUCUACGACGUCCAGAAAGGGAAGAUAACUAUAGACGGAUAUGACCUGAAGGAUCUGGACCCUACUUGGCUCAGGGGCAAUGCAGUUGGAUACAUCAACCAGGAACCUGUUCUUUUUGCAACUUCGGUCAUGGAGAACAUCCGAUACGGCAUGCCGGAAGCUUCUGACAUUGAGGUGAUAGAGGCCGCCACCCUGGCCAAUGCCCACGACUUUAUCAGCCAAUUUCCUGAGGGGUACAACACCGUCCUGGGGGAGAGGGGUGUCACUGUGUCAGGGGGGCAGAAACAGAGGAUAGCCAUUGCACGUGCCCUCAUCAAAAACCCCUCCAUCCUGAUCCUGGACGAGGCUACAAGUGCUCUAGAUGCCGAGUCUGAGAGAAUUGUCCAGGAGGCCCUAGAUCAAGUCAUCAAGGGCAGGACCACACUAGUCAUUGCUCACCGCCUCAGUACCAUCAGAGAUGCCGAUGUGAUAGCCGUCGUAUCUGGUGGCAAAAUUGUUGAGAUGGGAGAUCAUACCAGUCUGAAGAAGAAGAAAGGUUUGUACUGGGAACUUAUACGUCAACAGGAAAUAGAGGAGGAAAUCAACGAGUUCCAGAAGUACUCUCAUUUCUAGAUCAAACAAUUCCAGAAGUACUUACAUUUCUACAUCAACAAAGUCCAGACAUCCUCACAGUUCAAUAAGCUCCAGAUGUACUUGCAUUUCUAGGUCAACAAAUUAAAAAAGUUCCAGAUUUGUGACCAUUUUUAAAUCAAUAAUACCAGAAAUACCUUUAUUUUAGAUCAAGAAGUGCUAGAUAUACCCUUACUUCUAAACCAGAGAGCUAACCAAACUACUUGUGUGUGUACAUCAGGACUUUUCAGAUGUAAAAAAAUCUCAGGUGUUUCAUGUAAUUCUAGGUAAACAUUGUAACUGUGGGUUCACCGGUUGGAACUUGGUUUUCCAUGAAUUGUAUUGCCUUCAGAAUCAAGUGUUUUUCUGAGUAGUUUAAUACUCUUUUGUUUUUCUACCUGAUCUUCAAUUAUUUUAAUAUAGGAGUGUAAACGAAUUCUGUGAAUGGCAGGAAUUUAUUUUCAUAUACAACUUUUUUUUUAAAUAUGUGAUUUAAGGAAUAAUUUUUUAUUUUGGUCAGGUGACCAGAUGAUAAAUCUAUAUAACCAAGAAGAAACUGAAUUUAUAGUAAUAAUAAUAAUUUGAGGUUCUUAUAUACCGCUUUAUCACAACCUAGUUCGUAGGUCGUCUCA